AGAUGUCUGUCCAGAAGUUAAUUUCUAACAGAACCUCCCAGCAAUCUGCAUCUAAUUCUGAUUAUACUUGGGAAUAUGAAUAUUAUGAGAUUGGACCAGUUUCCUUUGAAGGACUGAAAGCCAAUAAAUAUUCCAUUGUGAUUGGAUUCUGGGUCGGUCUCGCAGUCUUCGUGAUUUUCAUGUUUUUUGUGCUGACCUUGCUGACCAAGACGGGCGCCCCACACCAAGACAAUGCAGAAUCUUCUGAAAAGAGAUUCAGAAUGAACAGCUUUGUGUCAGAUUUUGGAAGACCCUUGGAGCCAGAUAAGUUGUUUUCUCGACAGGGCAACGAGGAAUCCAGGUCCCUCUUUCAUUGCUACAUCAAUGAAGUGGACCACUUGGACAGGCCCAAGUCUUGUCACCAGACCACAGCCCUUGACAAUGAUGUUCACUUCCAAGAAGCCCCCCGGAGCAGCGGAAGGCCAGAGGAGGAGCUGAGCAGGCUCAUGAAGUUCGAGCUUCCCAACUUCAUUAACACAGACCAGAACUCCUUUGGGGACGAUGAUCUUCUGAUUUCUGACCCACCCAUUUUAGAAAAUAAGCCAGUUUUCCAGACACCACACAAAGACCUGGAUUAAGAGGCAUGCUUUGUAAAGGCUUUGGUGGAGAUAUCAAUUCUGUCUUUGUAUAGCAAGACAACUUUAUCUGUGUGCGCGCAUGUGUGCGUGUGCGUGUGUGUGUGUGUAAGAGAAAGAGAGACAGCGAGAACAGAGCUCAUAAGGAUGGUAAACAGGAUAUUUGUUUGCCUUUGAACAUACCUGGGGCUUUUUUGGCUUAUUUACACUCGUCCAUUAUCCUUGUUGAAAAAAUGUGGCCAAAUAUGUGAUGUCAGGCUUCUGGUAUGGAGGUUAGAGUACUGCUUUCUCAGCUGACCCUGCCAUGGACAUGUUCUGUGCCCUUAACCAACUUGUUGACCAAGCUGCCUGGGUUGCCACACUUUUUACUGUAAGAUGAGGUGGCUCCACUAUCCCUUUAGCUCUGAUUUUUGGUGGAUUUGUGACCUUGCAUCUAGACGAGGCUGAGAUAUAUAUCAAGUAGUAUAAACUAAAGCACUACCUCCUGGCUCUUGAUUUAGGAUUCCCUCAAGUAUCGAAAGCUGGGCCCAGCUUUCACUCAGGGGCCUGGCAAUCUGCUAGGUGGUCAGGAGACUGUUGGCCAGCGUUUCUGCUGGGUCAUAUUCAAACUGCUUGUCUGAGAACUUGAGGCCACUCCUGCUCACACGUGAUGGACAGCUCCUCCUAACCCACAGUCUCUCCCACAGCAAUUCGGUCCCCAAGAACUCCCGAGAAAGUUUCCAACUGAGCCAGAGGGGUCGGGAGAGGUGCUGCCCUGCUUGUCUCUGGCUUGAUGCACCGGUGUCUGGUCACACUGAGUGCCAGUGGCCACAGAAUAAGAAAAGUGCGAUAGGCCAGGCUGUCUAUUUCCUACAGGCAUGAGGACAUGGUCAGAUGGCUGGCAUGUGAGCUUUGAGUUGAUAAAGUGAGGAGGUUGAAAAUGCCCCACCAAGAUAAUGUGCAGGUGGCCUGGACUGUGUCCAUACCAUGAAGACAACAAGCCUGCACACUGGUAUUGGCCAUAGCUGUGUUUGCCUAUGCCCGCAGCUGUAUGCCUGGCAUUUUCAUUUUGAAUUUAUCCAGCACAUGUCUUGCUUUCGCUGUAAAAUAAAUGCAUUUGAUUGCCCAGGAA